AGUAGUUAAUGCUAAUCAUCUCAAUAAUAUUACAUUAGUGAGCCUCCCCCCUACUACCAGGCUACUACUGCCGCUUCCUCUUGCGUCUUACAAAGAAAACUGCCAUCAAUUAGCAGCUAGAUUGCUCGGCGGUUAGGAAACUAGUUAAGCUAGCUAGAUUCCCUCUCUCAUCCAUCGUCUCUAACCUCUCCACACGAAUUCGUCGACCAAGCAGUCGCAAGCUGCUGUGAGCUGCCGGCUGGCAAUGGGGCACCACUACCAGCACUUCGAGGACCCGUUCGCGAGCAGCAUGUCGUCGCUGGAGCCGGACAUCUUCUCCGGCGCCGGCGUCCACCACCACCUCGCGCCGUCCCCGCAGUGGCUGGGCCUCGGAAACCACGGCAUCCCAGUGGCGCCGACUGCCAACAACGGCACCUCCUCGGGCGGCGACGGCGACGGCUCGGGCUCCCACCGCAAGAUCAGCCACAACGCCUACGAGCGCGACCGCCGCAAGGAGCUCAACGAGCUCUACUCCGACCUCCGCUCCCUCCUCCCCGAAGACGAUCGCACCAAGAAGCUGAGCAUUCCAAUCACGGUGUCACGGGUGCUCAAGUACAUCCCGGAGCUGCAGAAGCAGGUGGAAGGCCUGGAGAAGAAGAAGGAGGAGCUGACGCGGGCCAGCUGCAAGCCGGGAGUGCUGACCAUGAGGGAGAACACGGCUCCGAUUGUGUCCGCCACCUGCAUCGACGACAGGGAUAUCAUGGUCCAGGUCAGCCUGGUGAGCACUAUGGCUGGAGAUCUGCCCAUGUCCAAGUGCAUCAACGUGCUGGAGAAUGAAGGUCUUCGCCUCAUCAGCUCAUCCACUUCCGCAUUCCAGAACAGGACGUUCUACAGCCUUCAUGUUCAGAGAACCCAACGAACGAUGAGCAAGGAGUGUCCAGCAUUUUGUGAAGAACUGGAGAACGUCAUGAAGCAAAAGGCAGGAUUGCGUCUACAUCAGUAGUAGAUUGUAGCACAAUAAUGGCGUAUAUUAUCAUACAUGUUUAACUAUGAACCAAAACGUAUGUUGUAUAUAUAUAAGAAAAUGAUCUAAGAUAAAUAGUAUUGAUGCAUGCAUGAUAUAUAAUAUAAUGUAGGGUGUUCCACAUAAAUACUAUUGUACAUAAAUUGUAGGUGUAUCCAUCUGCGUUUUGAGUAUAGUAAGUAUGCAUGAUAAAAACAGGCAAAAAAAUUAAUGUAGAGUUUGCCGCGAAGAAGUGGCGUCCACUCUCCUGAAAGACAUCCAUCUAAGCGCAUCUCUAGCCUUUUCCAUGUCCUUUCAUCUCCUAAACUAUUCCUCAACCUUAAUCCUUCAAAUUUUCAUAGAUUAAGCUACUUUCCACCCAUCCCUUCCCCUAAACUUAACUUCUCAAAUGAGGUUGACCCAACAUAAGAGUCUGUCUCCGCCUUCUUCUUCAUUCUGUGCGGCCAACGACGACUUAUGGCAUGUAGAUGUUGUCCAUGAGCUAUCUGGACGCACCAAGGGUAGAUUAUUUGUAAAAGUAAUUUGAUAGAGAGUCACCGAGCAUGACGUACACGUGCAAGGGAGGAAUCAAGAAAGUCAGCGAAAUCUGAGCCUAUGGGCUACAAUUUGGACACUUGUUUGUCUCAAUGGGUUCUUCUACUAUCCAUACCCCUAGUGGCAUGAUGGUGUGGUCAAAGACGCAAUGGUUCCUUGGAAUCGGCGAUGACGGCUGACAUCCAUAUUUCUUUGUAGGUACUUCUCAAAAAUGCAUUUUCUCAAAAAUUUCUUUGGCAGCCAAUUUUUUGUUUUUUUUUUGUCUAAAGCUCCAUUAAAUCAUUUGCCCAUGAAAUUUUACACACUCCUAAUACACUCAACCAUCUUUGAUGCUAAAAAAACAAUGUUUUUAGAAAAAAAAACUAUAUUUUCAAUUUACUGUUAAAGCCAAUGCCGGGGCACCCAAAUGCCACCCUCCACGGAAUGUUGUUGUCCUAGCUGCACAUAUCUUUUGGUGUCAUAGUGUGCUCGUCCUUAUAGUGAGGGUGUGCAUGUGCAGCAUGCAUCCACGGAAUACUGAGUGAGAACA